GUAGUCCUAAUGGCAUCAUACAAACGCCGAAUGGUGAUAAUAUGGUCAAGUUAACGUCUCGGUCUUGUAUAUAAGGUACGCGGAAGGCCGCCUUACAGCCAUCAUCCAAGCAUCAGCCUCGGAACAGCAGCUUCUUCUACCGGUCCACAUCCACUGUCUUCUCGACUGUCAAGAUGAUCAACGUUCGCAACCUCGCCCUCUUCAUCGGAGCAUUGCUCCCGGCUGCCCUCGCGGCUCCCGCUGCUCCCAUCACCAAGAGGGACGACAUCAUCCCCGGAAAGUUCAUCGUCACCCUUAAGCCUGGUGUCGAUGCUGCUGCCGCCGAGGCUCACUUGAACUGGGCUGCCGAUGUCCACAGGCGCAGCUUCGCCAAGCGUGACACCGCUGGUAUUGAGAAGCAGUUCGACAUUAAGGAUUGGAAGGCGUACGCUGGAGAGUUCGACGAGGCCACCAUUGCUGAGAUCAAGGCCAGCCCUGAUGUCGCUCUCGUCGAGCCCGACACAAUUGCCUACCUCUGGUACAACGUCGAUGAGGUCCAUGAGGACACCCUCGAGAAGAAGGCCCUGACUACCCAGACCGGAGCCACCUGGGGUCUUGGUGCCAUCAGCCACCGCACUGGCUCCUCCACCUCGUAUAUCUACGACACCACCGCUGGAUCUAACACUUACGCUUACGUUGUCGACUCUGGUAUCAUCACCACCCACACCCAGUUCGGUGGCCGUGCCACUCUCGGCUACAACGUCUUCUCUGGAACCCAUACUGACACUCUCGGCCACGGCACCCACGUUGCUGGUACCAUCGGUGGUUCCACCUACGGUGUUGCUAAGAACACCAACCUGAUCUCCGUCAAGGUCUUCCAGGGCGCCCAGGGUACCACCUCCAACAUCCUCGCCGGCUUCAACUGGGCCGUCAACGACAUCACCUCCAAGGGCCGUGCCGCCCGCUCGGUCAUCAACCUGUCCCUCGGCGGCCAAGCCUCCACCACCUGGACCAACGCCAUUCAAGCCGCCUACACCCAGGGCGUUCUCUCCGUCGCCGCCGCCGGCAACGGUGACCUCAACGGCAACCCUCUCCCCGUCUCCGGCCAGUCCCCCGCCAACGCCCCCAACGCCAUCACCGUCGCCGCCGCCGACAGCUCCUUCCGCACCGCCUCGUUCACCAACUACGGCGCCGGCGUCGACAUCUUCGGUCCCGGUGUCGGCAUCCUGUCGUCCUACAUCGGCAGCAACUCUGCCACCGCCUCGCUCAGCGGCACCUCCAUGGCCACCCCCCACGUCGUCGGUGUCGCCCUCUACCUCCAGGCGCUCGAGGGCCUGACCACUCCUGCUGCCGUCACUGCUCGCAUAAAGGCUCUUGGCGUUACUGGCCGUGUCACCGGCAGCCUUAGCGGCAGCCCCAACCUGUUCCUGUACAACGGCAACGGCGCUUAAAUGCACUUACGAGCUACGAGUCUAUGAGUUGGAUAGGUGGCGAAGUAGUCGCGGAGAGUUUAAUGAUGAAUAUAAGAGUUUGCAAAC